ACUUUGGUACAAUCUGCACGAUACACCGCGAUUUCUAGUGUCACAGACACCGCAGGCAAGGCAGGACACCCUCCGUCUCGCUGCUCCUCGCAAUUUUUUUCGCACACUCGCCAAAAGGAAUUCCUCUCUCAGACAUGAGUAUCGAGCUCAUCAACAACAGCCCACCGCGGCAGCAGGUUUCCUCAAAUAACACCCCGUGGAGGCCGCCGCCCCUAAUGGAACAUACCCACCAGAAUCAGGAACAUCUUCAGGGACCCUACGCUCCCCAUCCUGACGUCCUCAGACAUCGAAUCAUGGUAGCCGAAUUCGUGGCGCGUCACGCACCACCCAGCAGUCAGGAGAUGAUGAACGGAGGACAGAGCAUGUACGAGCCGGUGCGCGACUCACCAGUGAGCUCGCCAAACCCGGACUCGAACGCCAGCGAGCACUACGGGCCCGACGGCUACAACAACAACAGCAACUUGUCCAACGCAGAAAUGCUGAAACGCAAGGAAAUCUUCAACCAGCGCAAGCAGCGCGAAUUCAUCCCGGACAACAAGAAGGACGACAGCUACUGGGACCGGCGGCGCCGCAACAACGAGGCCGCCAAGCGUUCGCGCGAAAAGCGCCGCUUCAACGACAUGAUUCUCGAGCAGAGGGUCGUUGAACUCACCAAGGAGAACCACGUCCUUAAGGCCCAACUGGCGGCCGUCAAGGACAAAUUCGGCCCGCAGGCCGACAACCUGAUCAGCAUGGAUCAGGUCAUGGCGACUGUCCCACCGCCCGAGCUGUCAGUCAAGAGGGCCAAGGUCAGUCCGCCGCGACCUCACCCCACCUCGGUCAUCCACGAGCCCGUCUCCAGCGCCUACCCGCAGUCCGAGAGCGCCUUCGCCCCUCCGGAGCCCCACCAACACCCUCACCACCACGAGUACGCGCCCAACGUCUCCCCUGUCUACCCCUACGCCAUGCACCUGGCGCACCCCCUGGCCCUGAGCACGGCGGCCAUCGCCAGCCUGGACGGCAGCAGCGCCCUGAACCUGAGCAGAAGUCGCUCGCCGGUUUCCAGUCCGGCCGAGAGCAGCGACGAGGGCAUCCUGGUGUCCAGGUCGCCGCCCGCCGACUACAGCUCGCUGCCCCUCAAGUUGCGCCACAAGCGCGGCGAAAAGGACGCCGCAUCCACCCUCCUCGCCCUGCAGGCCAUCAAGCAGGAGGCGAGGGCCUCUCCGCCUUGGGACGCCGAGGGCAGCAGCGACGAGCGCGACUCAGGCAUUUCCAUCGGCGCCGAGUGGCCUGCCCAGACACAACCCGCCCUGCAGCGCCGCGACGCCUCGCCGGCGCCGCCUGACGAGAGUCUCGAGUGUGAAAACUCGCAGCUCAAGUCGCAGUUGGCCCGCCUCGCCUCCGAGGUGGCCAAUCUCAAGACCAUCCUGACGAGGAAGGUGGACGAGGGCGUCGGACACCAGACCGGCGCCUCCCUCUAACUGCUCUAAAGGCGCGUCCGAAAUUGA